AUGUUGGUUGGGAGCUUAGAAUCUCACUCUCUUAAGGUUGGCUUAAAGAAACCAGCAUUAGAUCCACUGCUCUUUCCUUGUCUGUCUCUGGAAAAGCUACCACCGUCUCUUUAUGGAGGCUAUGAACUUUUUGGAAUAUCUCGAGAAAAAACUCUCUUAUACACAACAUUCUCGUACACUGGACUAAACAAAUGUUGUCAGCAUUUUAGCGGCGACCCAGGACUCUCCCAUUCAACCCACUUUCAUCUUGCUUCGGCUUCUACUUCCUCUCCACCAUGUCUACCAAAUCCAAGUAAGUGGAGAUCUCAUGUCAGAUCUGCUUUAUCUGACACUCCCAACCAAAAAGCAUCGCCAGCGACCCCUAGGGUGAACAAGCCCAGCAGGGGAAUUGCUAAAUCUGAAGUUGAUUCACCCUCUCCACUGCAAAGUUCUCGCCUUUCAGUUGACCGGUCUCCUAGAUCUGUACCUUCCAAGCCUACACUUGACCGGCGCUCUCCCAGGCUCACUACUCCACCUGAAGAUAAUAUCCGUGUUAAAGACGGUCUUUACCUAAGGAGUGAAAUUUUCAUGAAAUCUAUUUUACUUAAAAAUUAUGACAUGCAUCUGUUUGAACAUUCUGAAAUACUAAAAAAAACAACUCGGAUUUUGAAGCCAUCAGAACUUCAGGCAGAAUUAAAUCUUGCUCAGGAAGAUCUUAGGAAGGCCAAGGAGAAGUUGGUUUUGGUUGAGAAAGAAAAAGCACAAGCACUUGAUGAGCUGAAGGAAGCCCAGAGAUUGACUGAGGAAGCAAAUGAGAAGCUCAGGGAGGCUUUGAUGGCUCAAAAACGAGCAGAAGAGGAUUCUGAGAUUGAAAAGUUCCGAACUGUUGAGAUGGAACAGGCAGGUAUUGAAGCAGUUCAGAGGAAGGAAGACCAUUGGCAGGAAGAGCUUAUAGCAGUGCGAAACCAGCAUGCUUUGGAUGUAGCUGCUCUGCUCUCUGCCACUCAGGAGCUGCAAAAGGCGAAGCAGGAGCUGGCCAUGACAUCUGAUGCCAAAAACCAGGCUCUUAGUCAUGCUGAUGAUGCGACUAAGAUUGCAGAGAUUCAUGCAGAAAAAGUGGAAAUUCUUUCUGCAGAGUUGAUCCGCUUGAAAUCAACCCUUGAUUCAAGGCUCGAAAUGGAAGCUAAUGAAAAUAAUAAAUUGGUGGAGGAAUUGAAAUCGGAGAUAGAAUUUCAGAGACUAGAACUCGAAAAGACCAGGGGCUAUGAAGAGAGACUGUCACAAAACGAGGCUACAUUAGAGCAACUUAAUGUGGAUCUGGAGGCUGCAAAAAUUGCUGAAUCUUAUGCUCGUAAUUUAUUAGAGGAGCGGCAGACGAGGGUGGAGGAGUUAGAAGUGCAGAUGGACGAAGCAAAGCAUUUGGAAAGAACUGCAUCAGAAUCUCUUGAAACAGUCAUGAAACAACUUGAAAGAAGCAAUGAUUCAUUGCAUAUUGCAGAAUCUGAAAUUUCAUCCCUAAAAGAAAAGAUUCCUAUGAAACCAAAAACACUAGAUGAGGUUGACCGUGGAAUAGAGAUAUAA